CAUCUUCUUUAACAUGGAACUCCAAGAUUCUGAAAUGCUCAAAACUGACACGCAUAAACCUAUCAUCAACUACUUCAUAUCAGUAACUACUACUAGUUUUUCACAUAGAUAUAGAAGGCAGGAGGGUGACGAAAGAUGAUGUUAACAAUGGCUUUGCAACUUUACCAAAUGCCCCUUACACGCUCAUUAUCUUCUUCUUCUUCUUCUUCACAUUCCCAUUCACUCUUCUUUCAAUCCCACCAAUACACACCUUCUUUGAAUGAGCGACUGACAACAAGACUGGCUAGUAUUUUUCUCUACCAUAAUGCUUUGAGAAGGAGAAAGACUGGUAAUUUGUUGGUUGGUAAAGAAGACAUAGAAUUGAGUGUCCAAGAUCAAGAAGAAGACCAGGAAGAGGAAGAAGAGGAAGAAGAAGCACUACCCCCUAGCCCUCAAGACCUCCAAUAUGUUCAAGAUAUCAAAAGGGUGUUGGAGCUUCUAAGGAAAAACAGAGACAUGAUAUUUAGUGAGGUUAAGUUGACAGUAAUGAUUGAGGACCCAAGAGAAGUUGAGAGAAGGAGACUGCUUGGUAUUGAUGAUGCUGAUACCCCAACCAGAGAUGACUUGGCUGAAGCUCUAGAACAAGUGAAUGAAGGCAAAAUCCCAAAAAAUCGGGAGGCACUUCAAAUGCUAGCUGAGGAGAUGAUAAAUUGGCCUAAUUUGGAGGUUGAAGCAACCAAGACAAAGCCAAGCAAAUCCCUUUAUGCAAAAGCCACUGACACUGGCAUAAAUCCUAAAGAGGCUGCAAGGAGACUGAAAAUUGAUUGGGACUCAGCUGCUGAAAUUGAGGAUGCUGAUAUGAAUGAUGAAACUGACGUACCCCCAGUUGUGGGUUAUGGAGCGCUAUACUUGGUCACAGGUUUUCCAAUCAUCAUUGGUAUUGCAGUAGUAUUAAUCUUAUUUUAUAAUUCUCUCCAGUAGAGAUUUUUGUCCUACCUUUUAACUUAAAAUGUAUCAUAUGCAUUCAAACAAUGUGAAUACCACAUGAUUAUGCAAUUACAAUAUAUUUUAAUUAA